UUCUUGACAAUUUUUUGAACUUUUGUUGAAGUCGAAAUAGGUGAAAAAUAAAAAUGAGCGGUUUGGUAAGGACAGCCCAUAAGGUACUACAGACUUGUGUAAAGAAUUCAAGUCUUGCUGCGGGUAUAGUGUCCCGCACACAAGUUCCCGUAAAACGUGACUUCACAAGAGGAAUAUGGCAUAUGAGCUGCUCCAAGAAGAUGGAUAGCACUUCAUCUUCAUCAAUUCUCCUGCACAACCAUUCCAACACCUGCAGCUGCGGCUGUGGACUAAAAGCUCUUCACACGAAAGAUAAACAGAAUGAAAAUACUGCUUCCACUAAACCCCUUGGUGAACGAGAGCUAGUUGAGUUUCUCACUGAAGAAAUAGUGGCAGAACGUAAAUCUCAGAAGGUAAAGACGUUACCAACUGAAGUUGAUGGAUUUGCAGUGAAAGGAGAUGGUGCUGAGGUUACCUUGACUAAGCAAAUGAAGGAUGAAAUUGUAAGAAUAACAUUCAAUGUGAAUCAUACGGUCGACACAGAAGACUUUGCAGAUGACACACAACCAGAGAAACAGGAGUUUUCAGAAAUGCACUCCAAGCCUCAGUUUGAAGUUGACCUGGUCCGAGGUGACACGACACUUGGCUUCACUUGCUCCUUCCUACAAGAACCACCAUCAACCAAUGCUGAAGAAUAUAAUGACAUCUUUGGCAUUGAUGAAGUCACACUACACAAGGGCGAAUGGAAUGAUAAGGUGUAUGCUGUCGCUGGUGACGUAUUAGAUGGAUACUUGUAUGAUCUGUUAAUGAAUCUGCUAGAAGAGAAAGGUGUCAGCAACGAGUUCGUUCAGAAACUGGCGGACUUUAGCACGGCGUACGAACACACUGCCUACAUCAAUCUUUUGGAGGGAAUUUCGAAAUUCACCAUUGGUAAAUAAGUUAAAAGACACCAAACAAUUUGUAGUAGAAACUUAUUUCUGAGGAACCCUGAGUUGUAUGUAGUACAUAAAAUAAUUUCGCCAAGCACCAAAAGUGUGAUAUAAUAUUAUGUUUCCGUUAAUUUCGGAUAAUCAAAUACGAAUUGAAAUAAAUCCUUUCAAAACUUUGACUGCCUCAUAAUGUAUUGUAUAAAUAAAAAUAAAAUUGAAUAAAAAAAUAGGUAAUUUUUCAUGCCACUGGGUUUUUUCAGUUUGAAUUUAUGUUUGGUUAUAAAAUGAGGCAUUUAUUUUGCUCUAGUAUAGCUUUAAAGAAUGUUUAGUUUUAAACAACAGUGUUGUUUUAUUUAGUGUUAUUUGUUUUAGUUU